UGUGGUAUACGAUAUAGUAUAGUGUGGGAGCCGGCAACGGGCGGUGACGUCACAAACGAGAGCGGAGAUGCUGCCAGAGAGAGAGUGAAGGGAUCGACGGACAAGAGCGACUUGUCAGUCGAGGAAUAGAAAGCACACAGAGCGGCUGUAUUACAAGACCAAUAAAUAGUGUUAAACUUAAUUACCAAGAGUUCAUCAUUCUUGGGGGAACUUGCGGGUUAAUACAUUGGCGACGAGGAUGGCUGAAAAUUGUUUGAAACCGUUCCUAUGCGACUCUAUUGAGAAGUCUGUGCUUCGAAAUGAAUGGGAGAGGUGGUUUAGAGCAUUCACCAUAUCAUUGGAGGCCGAACAGAUCGAGGCACCCAAGAUGAAGAGAACUAAACUCCUUCACAUGGGGGGCGUGCAACUGCAGACUGUCGCGUUCUCGAUACCAGGUGCACUGGUGGAUUAUGAUGAAGCCCAGGGGAAUGAUGUCUUCGAGAUUUUGGUGGAGAAGCUAAAUGCUUACUUUUCGCCUAAACAAAACUCCACUUUUGAAAGGCAUUUGUUUCGAAAGUUAGCACCGCUUGAGAAUGAGAAUUUUGCGAAGUUUAUUUUACGGUUGCGGCAGCAAAUCUGCAAAUGUUCGUUUGGCCAAUCUAAGGUGGAAACCGAGGAGAUUUGUCUAAAAGACAAGAUAAUAGAUUCGUGGGCGCCGGUAGAUUUGAAGAAGAAACUAUUAGAGAGGGAGUAUUCCUUGGACGAGGUCAUAGAAGCUUGCCAGGUUGAGGAACAAAUAAAUAAACAAUCCGAAGCCAUGCUGAUAAAACCUAAUAACACCAGCAUUGACUCCAUCAACAAAGUUACGGCUGGGAAAGCAAAGGCGGAUGUUGAGUGUUCCAGAUGUGGUCGAAUGGGUCACGCGAGUAACGAUUUCUCCUGCCCGGCGCGAGUUGCAAAAUGUAACAAAUGCUCCAAAAUCGGUCAUUUCGCACGGAAAUGCAGAACGAAACUGUAUUCUCAAUCAAGAAACGGGAAUCUUAAAAGGCGGCAGAAUAAUGUUCGAUGCGUGGAAGAUGAGCACGCUGGGUGCAAACGGAAGAAAACAUGUGAGAAUUGUUUUAAGAUAUGCAGCGACGGAGAAGAAGGACUUAUAAAUUGCCUAAUAGGAGGUUAUGAGAUACCCCUAAUUAUUGAUUCGGGAUCGAAAUUUAACCUGAUUAGCCACAUAGACUGGAUGAAGCUUAACCACGGCAAUACGACCCUUUUUAACGUUAGAUCGCAUUCACAGAAACAAUUUCGUGGAUACGCAUCUGAACAAUUACUGGAAGUAAUUUGCGUUUUUGAUGCACCGAUAUCAGCUGUGCCAAAAGCGGAGGUGAUUGCUACAUUUUUUGUCAUUAAAAAUGGACGUCAGUCAUUAUUGGGCCGAGAAACCGCCAUUAAACUCAACGUUCUUCGUCUGGGCCUAGAUAUCAAUCAAGUGGAAACAACCACACCGUUUGCUAAGUGGAAAGGGAUUAAAGUUAAACUAUGGGUUGACCCCCAAGUUAUCCCUAUUCAACAGCCAGUUCGAAGGAUUCCGGUAGCACUCGAAGAGAAAGUAGCUGCCAAGCUGGAAGAAGGUUUAAGUCGAGACAUUAUCGAAGCGGUUACUGGUCCCAGCGCGUGGAUCUCUCCCAUUGUGCUGGCGUUCAAGGAAAACGGUGAUGUUAGGUUGUGUGUUGAUAUGCGGAGAGCAAAUAAGGCCAUUCGUCGGGAAAAUUACCCGAUGCCGACAUUUGAGUCUUUUAUGACCAAAUUAAAAGACGCAAAAUUCUUUUCGCGUCUCGACCUCAAAGACGCCUAUCAUCAACUAGAACUCGACGAAGCCAGCAGGGAAAUUACGACGUUCAUAACCCCUAAAGGACUCUUUAGGUACAAACGGCUAAUGUUCGGAAUCAACUCGGCUCCGGAAAUAUUUCAACGUCACCUCGAACAGCUUCUGGCACCCUUUACCAACGUCAUGAAUUACAUUGACGAUGUCAUUAUAUUUGGAGCUAGCGAGGAAGAACAUGACAAGACAGUAAGAGAUGUCUGCAAAGUAUUCGAUGGAAACGGUGUCUUACUGAACGAUCAAAAAUGCACCUGGAAAACAAACAGACUCAAGUUUCUGGGUCACAUCAUCUCAGAUAAAGGUAUCGAAGUGGACCCGGAAAAAGUCAAUUUAAUCCGAGGGUUUCGGGAACCAAUUAACAAGGAAGAAACUCGCAGUUUUCUAGGGUUGGUGACAUACGUUGGAAAAUUCAUUCCAGACCUGACUCAUUACACGGAACCGCUAAGACAAUUGCUAAAGAAGGACUCGAAAUUUAGCUGGGGAAAGGUGGAAAGAGAUGCCUUUCGGAAUCUAAAAGAUCGAUUGGCGAAAGUACCAAACCUCGCAUAUUUCAACACGCGAAAUCGAACUCGGCUAAUAGCCGAUGCCAGUCCAAUAGCGCUUGGAGCGGUAUUACUGCAGUUCUCAGGUAAUGGCGAUCCCCUAAUUAUUUCAUUCGCUAGCAGAGCUUUGUCAGACAUUGAGAAACGUUAUUCCCAAACAGAAAAAGAAAGUCUGGCUCUAGUUUGGUCGGUUGAAAGAUUUUACUAUUACCUGACAGGACUUCACUUCGAACUUGUAACCGACCACAAACCGUUGGAGGCCAUUUUCAAACCGACAUCCAGACCGCCAGCCCGCAUAGAGAGAUGGCUACUACGGCUCCAAUCCUACCAAUUCAAAGUCAUCUAUAAGGCGGGAAAAGAGAACAUAUCGGACUCAUUAUCCCGACUCUGCCAGACAUCUCCAUCCGAUUCUUGUGUCGGAGACAAGGAUUACAGCAUACUACGGGUGGUCGAAAACAGUAUUCCCCAAUCGAUGACCAUUUCGGAAAUUGCUAACCAUUCAACAAAAGAUGAGGAGAUAAUCGAUGCAAUGUCCUGUUUGGAGUGCGACUCAUGGAAACCUGGAUCCUUAAAACAACUUUACCCAUUUCGUUAUGAGCUCUCAGCUAUAGGAGCCCUUCUGUUGCGUGGUAACCGCAUCGUGAUCCCGACAUCGCUUCGAAACCGAGUGCUUGAGCUGGCUCACGAAGGACAUCCGGGAGAGUCUGCUAUGAAAAGACGUCUGCGAUCGAAAGUAUGGUGGCCACUGAUUGACCGUGACGCAGAAAAAUACGUAAAACAUUGCAGAGACUGUCUUCUAGUGUCGCAAAACCCAAAGCCAGCACCGAUGGAACGGAAUCCAUUCCCAACCGGUCCGUGGAUUUGGGUAGCUUCAGACAUAUUGGGGCCCUUACCAAAUAAUGAGUUCGUAGUAGUAUUUAUUGACUAUUACUCUCGCUAUAUGGAGUUCAAAUUCUUACGCUCUAUUACGUCAGCCAGCCUGAUUGAAGUGAUGAGGGAGAUUUUCUGUAGGCUGGGGUACCCGAAACAUUUAAGAACUGACAAUGGACGACAGUACAUAAGUCAAGAAUUCGAGGAGUACUGCAAAACUUGCGGUAUAGAACAAGUCAAAUCUCCACCCUAUUGGCCUCAAGCUAAUGGAGAAGUGGAAAACAUGAAUAGAUCUCUGGUUAAACGCUUAAAGAUAGCUCAUUCUAAUUCAAAAAACUACAGGGAAGAAAUCCAGAAAUUUAUACUCAUGCACAACGUCACUCCACAUAGCAUAACUGGGGUAGCACCGACUCAACUCAUGUUUAAUAGGGUUAUCCGCGACAAAGUUCCAUGCAUAGAUGACAUCCAAGAGAAGGGUAUAGACUCUGCUGAAAGGGACAGGGAUUGUAUAUUGAAACAAAAAGGGAAAGAAGAAGCAGAUAAAAAGAGGGGAGCAAAGGAUAACGUAAUUAAUGUAGGGGAUAAGGUGCUUUUGAAAAAUGUAGUUUUUCCUCAUAAGUUAACCCCAAGCUUCCAGGAAACCGAAUAUGUGGUUGUCGAGAAAAAUAACAACAUAGUCAAACUUAUGUCAGGAGACAGAACUCUGACAAGAAAUGUAUCUCACGUCAAAAAGAUACCAAUAUAUGCAAACGAUUUGGAGGCUCCUUUACACUCUUCUAUAGGCAACACUCAACCCAGGAUAACAUCAACCCAGGAGGACCAUGGAGACGAUGAACGGAAAGGCCAGCAGCGUAGACAGUCCACGGAUAAACUGGACCCUUUGCCCACCAAGUCCUUGAAGCUAAAACUCGUUAACAAAGGAGGGAUGUGGGAGCCGGCAACGGGCGGUGACGUCACAAACGAGAGCGGAGAUGCUGCCAGAGAGAGAGUGAAGGGAUCGACGGACAAGAGCGACUUGUCAGUCGAGGAAUAGAAAGCACACAGAGCGGCUGUAUUACAAGACCAAUAAAUAGUGUUAAACUUAA